GCGGCGUUCCCGGCCAUGGUCUAUUUCUCUCCUGUUCGCCUCUCUCUAGCCCCCUCGGCCCUCUGUCUCUCACUUGUCCGCCGAGCGCGUCGCUGGUGGAUGAUCACUCUCAUCAUCUAUUUCUCUCUCCUGUUCAACUCGCUCCCUCUCUCUUGCCUUCCUUUUCUUGUGGCGACAAGGCGCCGCCCUUCACCGGCGACGAGCACCCACCAGGUUUGCCCGCCCUUCUAUUCCCUUCGUGCUGUGCGAAACGAAGCUCUCCAAAAACUAUUUUGCGAGUCUUCCCCUAGUUCAACCGGUGCUCUUCUCUGGAGCGAGAGCAGUAUGAAUUUGAGGUUUUCACCAAAGAAAAAAAAUUCUCCAUUUUUUGAAAGGGCAAAAGAUGGCUGCUGCACCUAAAAUUCUGCAUUUUGCUAGAACAAGCAUCUGAUGGAUGCAUUAUCUUCUCGCAAGAUCACAGAAAUCAAAAAUCAGUUUCCAGCUACACAGGACCCUCCUCUCCUCUCUCGGCCCCCCUCUUCUUCCUCCUCUUUGUACACAGCACGGUCGGUCCGGACUUGCCUUCAUCCCCGAGCUCCUUCCCUCACUGGUCUCCUCCCUUCUCUUCCCAAAUUCCAACCUCCCUUUCCUCUGUAGUUUCUAGUCUCCUCUGUCCCCGAGCUCCCUCGGCUGGGCCGACGCGGAAGGCCACACUUGGGCGACGCGAACCGAGCCGCCGUUGCCUCGGAGAAGUCCGAUGCAGCACGGAGAGCAGCCGGUGAAGGAUGAGGGCUCCUACUCCCUCUCCUGCAUCUGAGAGGUGAAGGCAACUAGCUGGAAUAAUUUGCUGAUCUCUCCUUUACUGUGUUUCCCUGUCCAGUAACAUGAAUCCGGCUGGAAUAAUCUAACAUCGAUUAGAAGAUGCAGCGAAUUUACAAACUUUGUACAAGUGUUUUGGUGCAAUUAUUUCCCGCGGUUUUUGGGAGGUUUUAGCCCCCUUCUCAUUGUUGUGUCACUUUUCCUUAGUCUGUUGUGAUCUUAUUCUUAGCAAGGAUUUCCCUCAGGGUGCACCCUGCAUGCAACUCCUGAAAAUCCGGUGGAUUUGGCACGGGCAUGUCGGCGGGGAGGGGCGAUCUAAACAUUCCUGGCAAUAGACCUCUGUUCCUGAAUGCUGGCCUACCCAACUUAGGCUGCCAAAAUCUUGCUCAUACAGCCGCAGCAGGCUACAGCAGCCCAAUCGUCUUGCCGGACUUACUCUCCACAUUCUCCACGUCUGUCCUGUCAAGUCCAAUGAGCAGCGCAACUGAACAGCACGGCAGCCCCUCUGUCCAGCCAUCCUGGAAUGUGCCUGCGGGGUGCACGCAGGUGCCUAUUAGUAUCGUAGUGUUCCAUAGUCGGCUGACAGGAAGGGGUUUGAGGCCGCAGUCGCCACCAUCUCGUAGUUCUAUGCCAGCCCCUGCUUUGCCUGAUGCUUCAGAGGGUGGAGCUUCUAUUCAGCUUGCUGGGAGUAAUUUCUUAUCACUUGGAAGAGCACCAAAUAUUGUUGCAGGUCAUAUGAUGAUGAAUCCUGCACAACUAGCCACUCCAGAUAAAUACAAUUCUGAGCAUCUUUGGGCAAAUGGUCUAUAUGAUGAAGCAUCCAAGACUGAAAAUGGAACAGAAGCUAGCCAACCGGAACCAUCAGCAGCAGCAAUUUUCUGUGAUAACCAUUAUGAUUUGGAACCAGCAGUUCCUGCAAACACCUUGGAAACACGAGUCCAGCAUCCUCACAGAUCAAUUGCCGUUCUUGCAGAAAGAACUGAUGAUGAUGACAUGCAUACUUACCAGCCUAUGCAAAAAAGGCCCAAGACACAAAUCAAUCAGAGUGAACAAACACCAUUGCCAACACCAGCUGUACCCAAGGAGAGAACACUAAAUCAAAUUGAGAUGCAGAUUGCAGGUGCUGAGAAAACUGAAAUCUUCAGGAAUGAGGAAACCCCAUCACAAAAAAUCAAGACUCGGAGGAAAAAACACAGACCAAAGGUAAUCAGAGAGAAUAAGUUAACCAAAGUGCAAAAAUCUGAUUCAACACCAGAUGGAAAAUCUCCGAAUCAGAAAGUUAAGAGAAGGUAUGUCCGGAAGAAAAGAAGUCUCAGCUCUCUCGAGAAGUGUUCAGAUCCUGCGAGUGAUCAAUCAAUCUCUAGAGGAACAGGAAUUGCAGCUAGAAGAUCUGCAUCAGUUCGAAGAAGCCUGCAAUUUGAACCUGAAGAACAAGGAGUGCUGGGAGGCGGUUCAUCAACGGCCAACUUGCACCACCAGAACUAUGAGAAACCCGUCCAUGCUCGAAGUUCAUUCUGCUCAGAAUCAGAAGUGCAGAUUGAACAUGGUCUACAAGUAGAUAUGGAAAAUUCACCGGGAGGAUUAGCUUUUGGCAUGAGUCUCAGACUGAACAAAUUGAUAGACGAGUACAUACAUUUGCCAGAGGUCACACCAAAACCUGCACAAGAAGUUUCAAACGCAAGUUCUGGAUCUUUAAGUACGGAACUAGCAAGGGGACAAGAAAAUGUUGGAAGAACUUGCAAACCUGAUGAUACAAGCAAGUCCAGUUUGUGUAAUGCAGAAAGGGUGGUAAAGACAGUAAUGGAAGGAAACAAAAUGAACCUGGAAUUGAACUAUUCUGAUGUAGAUGGUUUUCUUUCCUCAGCUAGGUCUAUGCAUGAACAGUCGAGUAGGUUAUCAGAAGUGGAGAACCAUAACGAUGGUGAAUCGCCCCUAACUGGCACACAGGAUUCUAUUAUUUUGAGAACUGCCUCUGAGAUGCUAGCAUUUUGCCAAGCUGGUGGGAUAAAAAAGAAGCGAUCGGCCCGAGUCCGCAGAAAUUCCUUCUAUUCUAUGAUGGAUCUCGAGAAUAAUACUUCACAAGCAUCAACAAGACCGCAACAGCCAUGCAUGGAGCCAUGCAUGGAUGAUGCUCUGUGUGAAAGUUCGUACAUUAAGUUUAUGACCAAAAAACGGUCAAUAAAAGCAAUACUGCACUAUUCCAGUUCCAUUCAUCCAAAUGAUGAGCUAAAAAAUAGGCUUUCAGCUGGAAGUAUUAUUUAUGGUGUAUCUAAUGGAUCCACCAAAGUAUCAGAAGAGACAUUUCCAAACUCAUCACCUCAGACCCUGGACAAUGAAAGAAUCAACUUUGAUACUCAUUGUGAUGUACCAGAAGGGAGCUCAGCAAAUACAUCAACAGGACAAUAUGUGGAUUACCUUCAAGGAGUUGCCUCAAAGCUGAAACAUCUUGAUUUGAACACUGAACAGGUGCACAUAACUGAGAUGCAUUUAUCUCGGAGCACACCUGCUGUCAUUUCUUUUGGAGGAACAGAUGGUCUAUCAAAUGCUCUUGUCCCAUAUGGUGGUGGGGUGAUGGUUCCAUAUGAGAGGCCCUUGCAGUUGGUCAAAAAGCAGCGGCCUCGGGCUAAGGUUGAGUUGGAUUUUGAGACAGCAAGAGUUUGGAAUCUUUUGAUGGGGAACACAAGUGAGCCUGAUGGAACUGAUGUUGAGAAGGAGAGAUGGUGGCAGCAAGAAAGAGAAAUUUUUCAAGGCCGUGCUAAUUCGUUUAUAGCACGCAUGCGACUUGUUCAAGGGGACAGGCGCUUUUCCCCUUGGAAAGGAUCUGUAGUUGACUCUGUAGUUGGAGUAUUCCUCACUCAGAAUGUAGCUGAUCAUCUUUCAAGCUCUGCCUAUAUGUCCCUUGCUGCAACUUUUCCAUCAAGGUCAGUCAACAGCAACUGGAAGGAUGAUGUUACCACCCAAAACAAUGAACAAACCAUCAGGACGAGUGAACUAGGAGAAAAAAGCGUAUUUGACCCUUUCUCCGAUGGUGCCAAACCUGAUAGAGGAGUGGGUUGUGAGGAUCUAUCAGUGACCUAUGAGAAAAUAUAUAUGGAGCCAAAGGACAAUACUAGGGCUAGUGAAUGGAGUGAAGGUGAAACUUAUUCCUUUGGUUACAAAUCAGCAAAUGGAAGUGUUUGCAAUCACCAAGGGACAGGAAUAGAACAUAAAGAGGUAGAAUUAACCGAGCCUAUAGAACUCAUCCAGCAGACGCAGAUCCAGAAGGAAACCUCAUCCUCUCAAAGUGUUUCUUUGGAAACUAUUCAAUCAAGAUUAUCUUUGGCUUCUGGGAUACCUAGAAAUUUUGUUGGUGGUAGUUCCUCCUAUCAGCAGCUCUUAAGAAAUUUUGACCGUGGAAGAUCAUUAAGAGGAAACGAUGCCACAACCAGUGAGAUUGAAUGCCAGAGACUCCGAAUGGCAGCAAUAAACGAUUAUGGAUUUGCUAAACUUGGGAUUCCUUCUAGUUCUGCUAUGCCAUUUAUCAUGACUGUUGAUGCUCAACAACCAAAUUUGAGAAAUGAGCCAAAUUUGUCUUCAGCAUCUUCCAACAGUCCUUCAGAUUCUGCAUCACCAAAAAUUAAAAAUGGUACGAGUUCUGUUUUCAUGCCUUUUGAUUCCUAUGGUGCAGAGUGUAGUGGUAAUAGGACAGCUGGCACCACUCUGAACUCCGCAAAAACAAGCACAGAGCUUCCAGGUGAAAUGACAGUGGAAACAACAAGAAGAGAAGAUGAAUAUACAUUGAAAUCUGGAUUUACUUCCUAUAAUGGAGUACCAGAUACAGCAGCACAAGCAUCAAGGCCAAAGAAAACAAGAACCACAAGUAAAAAGAAUACAGAGAAUUUUGACUGGGAUAAAUUACGAAGGCAGGCUUGUAGUGAAGACCACAUGAAAAAAAGAAGUUGUGAAAGACGAGACUCUGUAGAUUGGGAAGCAGUAAGGUGUGCAGAUGUGCAAAGAAUAUCCCACGCCAUUCGGGAAAGGGGAAUGAAUAAUAUUUUAGCAGAGCGAAUACAGAAUUUUCUGAAUCGUUUGGUUAGAGACCAUGGGAGCAUUGAUCUUGAGUGGCUCAGGGAUAUCCCCCCAGACUCUGCAAAGGAUUACCUGCUAAGUAUACGUGGACUGGGGCUUAAAAGUGUUGAAUGCGUUCGUCUUCUCACACUGCAUCAUCUUGCCUUCCCUGUUGACAUCAAUGUUGGUCGCAUAUGUGUAAGAUUGGGGUGGGUGCCCAUUCAACCCCUUCCUGAGUCUCUACAGUUACAUCUCUUGGAGCUAUAUCCUGUGUUGGAAACUAUACAAAAAUAUCUUUGGCCCCGCCUUUGCAAACUCGAUCAACAAACAUUGUAUGAGCUACAUUACCAGAUGAUUACCUUUGGGAAGGUCUUUUGUACCAAAAGCAAGCCAAAUUGCAAUGCAUGCCCAAUGAGGAGUGAGUGCAAGCAUUUUGCAAGUGCCUUUGCGAGUGCAAGGCUUGCACUUCCUGCUCCUCAGGAGAAAAGCUUAGUGGAGUCAACAAAUCAAUUUGCUUUCCAGAAUAGCAGCAUGUACACUAUGAAUUCGACUAAUCUGCCUCGCCUUGAGGGGAGUAUCCAUGCAAGGGACUUUCUUCCUAAGAACUCAGAGCCAAUAAUCGAGGAGCCUGCAAGUCCAAGAGAGGAAGAAUCCCCAGAAGCAAUGGAAAAUGAUAUUGAAGAUGUUUAUGAAGAUGGUGAAAUUCCAACAAUAAAGCUUAACAUGGAAGCUUUUGCACAUAACUUAGAAAAUUGCAUUAAAGAAAGCAAUAAGGAACUCCAGUCUGAUGAUAUUGCAAAAGCAUUGGUUGCUAUCAGCACUGAAGCAGCUUCAAUUCCUGUACCUAAACUAAAGAAUGUGCACAGGCUCCGAACAGAACACUAUGUAUACGAACUUCCAGAUUCACAUCCACUUGUACAACAGCUAAGACUUGAACGGCGGGAGCCUGAUGAUCCUACCCCAUACUUAUUGGCCAUAUGGACACCAGACGAAAUAAAUGAAAUAAGCAAGGUACCAAAACCAUGCUGCGACCCGCAAAUGGAAGGCAGAUUAUGCAAUAAUGAGAUGUGCCACAGUUGUACUGAUGAGCAAGAGAAUCAAUACCGAUAUGUGAGAGGCACAAUUUUGGUUCCUUGUCGAACAGCUAUGAGGGGUAGUUUCCCACUGAAUGGCACUUACUUUCAAGUCAACGAGGUAUUUGCUGACCACAGCUCUAGUCACAACCCUAUAUAUGUCGAAAGGGCGCAGCUAUGGAAUUUGCAAAGGCGCAUGGUCUUCUUCGGGACUUCAGUAUCUAGCAUAUUCAAAGGUCUAACAACAGAAGAAAUACAACAAUGCUUCUGGAGAGUUUUGCAGAAUGCAGAUCCUGUGAUGACCAGUAUUCUAAACCAUGGUGUGUGUGUGUGCGCGCGCGCGCUCAAUCACCGUUCACAGUGUCCCAAUAGCUAUAUGAGACUCACGAUUGCCACGUGGUGUCUAUUCAAUAAUGAAGAAAACAGUUCAUGGUGGCUAUAUGUUGAUGCAGGUGUUACUUUUCAAGAUAACCUGAGGAUAGUGGGGCCAUAUUUGAAUGACAGAAUGAUUAAGGCUAACGAACAAAAUUGCCAAUAUGAACGGAGAAACAGACUGAUGAAAAUUAGAAGUGGAAUUGAUGUGCACAUUUAUUCGUAAACUUACAUUUUAUGUGCAAAGAUUAUGGAUUUUAGUAGUUCUAGGCUUCAACUUAAUGACUUUCUGCGCAACCGAAAUGCA